AUGGCCGAAGACCGCCUCAACCAGAUUCGUCCCUACAAGGCAGCUCUGCGCAAGCCCAGUAUUUCGCAAACGGCCAGGGAGCACGUCCAGUCAGUGAUUGACGACCUAGAGGGGAAGCAGCCGGCCCAGGAUGAGCACGAAAAAGAGGCCAUCAGGAGGACUGCCGGGCUGAAAGCUGCGAUGUAUGACCCCGAUGCUGAGGGAAAGCAGGCAAAAGAGAAACUCGGCGAUGGACCACAGGAGUAA